GGUGCUGUAUUAUUUCUCUGUUCUAGGUCAGAUACAAUGAACAGCAGCUGGUCUGGUGUCCAAGACUCCAGUGAUUUUAGUGAUGAUUCAUCAAGUGGGGAGCAGUUCUUUGCUGUUGGUCUUCACCUGGUUAAUGCCAUUGAUUCUAAAGACACCAGCAGUGAUGAAGAUGAUGUUCCUGCCCAAAAAGAAGGCCUCUUGAGGGCUCCCAUGGCAAGUCAAAGCAUGGACAAUCUCUAUGAUUGCAAAUCAACAUAUACUUGGCCACCGAAGCACCCAUGGGCACGCCGCAGCAACCUAGUCCAUAAUUCACCAGAACUUGACUGUUCGGAAUCUACCCAAUCAAUAGGUGGUACGCCUGGUGUAGGGCCCCCAAUUCAUUCAUGUGGGCCAUGGUCAGCUGACCCACUUCACCUUCCUAGAAACAUGUGGCCCACAGGAAUACCCUCCCACACACCGAACCAGAAUUCAGGUCAUCAAGGCUAUGGUGCUUUACAUUUGGCUAAUCGAGAAUAGACAUUGGAUGUAUACAGAAUCAAUUAUCUUGUCCCAUUACCUUCCUGCCCCUACCUCUCUCUCCUCCUCCUCUUCCUCUUCCUCCUCCCAUCCAUCCAAUUAGUAAGCAGACAUUUUCAUCUCUCUGCCGCUAUUAAUUUGUUAAAUACAUUUCCAAAUAUUUAUUUUUAUAUACACACACAUAUAAAUCUACAAGUGCACACACACAUUUUUUUUUUUACACCUACAGUACCAAUGGUCAAUACACACACACACACACCAAUUUUGUUUUUAAUGAAACAUAAGCUAACAGAAAGCCUCACCAACACAUUUAUACCCAAAUUCACACACACACACACACACACA